UGCCGUUACGGACCCUAUUUAAGGUUAUUUUGUAAAUAAGAUUCAGUAUGUCCGAACCAGAUAACGGGGGAUUCGAAUCGAUGCCGUACCAACUGUCCCUGUAUAGAAAACCAAAAAGCGAAUUUUCAGUUCUCCAUUACCAUUACAGAAUACAGACCUCUUCUUCAACUUAUUAGCUCUGGCGGGAAGAGGAACUGCUGCCUCUACUCUACUACCCUACCCUACGCUCAACUUCUCUGUUUUUUAUAUUCUCUUUCCUUGGCGCACACUGCCCAAGGCAGCUAUGCACUGGGUCACGGUCCGAAACGUCGUCGUUCUGGCCCCGCGAUGGCGGUCUCUCUCCUUCUUGCUCGGCCCGCCCCUCCGCCGGAGUUUCUUCCCGUCGGCCCCCACGCCACUCUCAUUCGCCUUCAACAGUAUCAGGCGGUCUGAGCUCAUUUUUUGCUUCAAAGACCGAAAGCUGUAUACAAAGUCUGUCAAGAAAAACAAACAAUUGAAAGUUGUCCUGCAAGAGAAAGACCAUUAUCAUGUCGACUGGUGGAAGGAGAAAAUGCAAAUGUGCAGAAAGCCUUCUUCUACAGUUCUGGUUAAAAGGCUUUCGUAUACCAAUUUGCUUGGUGUUGAUACUAACUUAAGGAAUGGAAGCCUCAAAGAAGGAAAUCUUAAUUGGGAGAUGCUGCAAUUCAAGUCAAAAUUUCCGCGUGAAGUUUUGCUAUGCAGAGUUGGUGAUUUUUAUGAGGCGAUUGGUUUUGAUGCCUGCAUUCUUGUGGAAUAUGCUGGACUAAAUCCAUUCGGUGGUCUACGUUCAGACAGCAUCCCAAAGGCUGGUUGCCCUGUGAUGAAUUUACGACAGACACUGGAUGAUCUGACACGUCAUGGCUUCUCAAUUUGCAUAGUUGAAGAAGUUCAGGGUCCAACUCAAGCUCGCACACGUAAAAGCCGGUUUAUAUCUGGCCAUGCACAUCCGGGAAAUCCUUACGUGUUUGGGCUUGUAGGAGAUGAUCAUGAUCUUGAUUUCCCUGACCCGAUGCCCGUGAUAGGAAUAUCCCGUUCGGCUAAGGGGUACUGCAUGGUUUCGGUGCUGGAAACGAUGAAGACAUAUUCAGCUGAGGAUGGCCUGACUGAAGAAGCUCUGGUUACGAAGCUCUGUACCUGUCGGUGCCACCAUUUGUUCUUGCACACAUCGUUGAGACACAAUUCCUCAGGAACUUGUCGGUGGGGAGAAUUUGGCGAAGGUGGGCUGUUAUGGGGAGAAUGCAAUGGCAAACAAUUCGAAUGGUUUGAUGGCGAUCCGGUGGACGAGCUUUUGUACAAGGUGAAAGAGCUUUACGGACAUGGAGAUGAUAUAACAUUCAGAAAUGUUACAAUUGCUUCCGAAAAUAGGCCAAGUCCUUUGCACCUUGGAACGGCUACGCAAAUAGGUGCAAUCCCAACCGAGGGAAUUCCGUGCUUACUCAAAGUGCUGCUUCCAUCAAACUGUACGGGCCUUCCUGUAAUGUAUAUCCGGGAUCUGCUUUUAAACCCUCCUCCCUAUGGGAUUGCAUCGAAAAUACAAGAAGCCUGCAAACUAAUGAGCAAUGUAACAUGCUCGAUUCCUGAUUUCACAUGUUUUCCUUCAGCCAAGCUCGUGAAGUUGCUCGAGUCAAAAGAGACUAAUCACGUUGAAUUUUGCAAGAUAAAAAGUGUUCUCAAUGAUAUAUUACAACUAUACACAAAUUCAGAACUCAACCAAAUUCUUGAGCUAUUGAUGGACCCGACUUGGGUGGCUAGCGGAUUGAAAGUCGAACUGAAGACAUUAGUGGAUGAGUGCAAGGCAGCUUCUUGUAGAAUCGGCGAAAUUAUCUCACUAGAAGGAGAAAGUGACCAAAUGAUAACCUCAUAUAGUGUUAUUCCGAACGAGUUUUUUGAAGACAUGGAAUCCUGUUGGAAAGGCCGCGUCAAGAGGUUUCAUUUGGAACAAGAAUUUGCCGAAGUAGACGAGGCAGCAAUAGCCUUAUCAAAAGCUAUCGAAGAAGAUUUCCUCCCCAUAAUAUAUAGAAUUAGAGCUACAACGUCGCCACUCGGAGGGCCAAAGGGAGAGAUACUUUACGCCCGUGAACACGAAGCCGUGUGGUUCAAGGGAAAACGUUUUGUGCCGUCUGUAUGGGCCGGGACCCCUGGGGAGGAACAAAUAAAAAAUCUCAGACCGGCCUUCGAUUCCAAAGGCAAAAAAGUCGGAGAUGAAUGGUUCACCACGGUAAAAGUGGAGAAUGCUUUACUCAGAUACCACGAUGCCGGCGACAAGGCGAGGGCAAAAGUUAUAGAACUGUUGAGAGGAUUAUCAGCUGAGCUACAAACAAAGAUCAAUAUUCUUGUAUUUGCAUCGAUGUUGCUUGUUAUUGCGAAGGCUUUGUUUAGCCAUGUAAGUGAAGGACGACGAAGAAAAUGGGUUUUCCCUACUCUUACUGAAUUCGACAGAUCUGAGGCCGGUCAUAAUACACGGCUAUUGCGUCGAGCUGAGGGCAUGGAGAUCACGGGGCUAUCGCCGUAUUGGUUCGAUUCAGCUCAAGGUGGUGCCGUACAAAACGAUGUGAAUAUGAAGGCGUUGUUUCUACUGACGGGGCCAAACGGUGGCGGGAAAUCGAGCUUGUUGAGAUCCAUUUGUGCCGCGGUGCUACUGGCAAUAUGCGGAUUCAUGGUGCCCGCGGAAUCGGCUGUUAUCCCUCAUUUUGACUCGAUUAUGCUGCACAUGAAAUCCUACGAUAGUCCCGCAGAUGGAAAGAGCUCGUUCCAAGUCGAAAUGUCUGAGAUUCAAUCUAUUAUUACUCGGGCUACUUCGAGGAGCCUCGUGCUGAUUGACGAGAUAUGCCGAGGGACCGAAACGGCAAAAGGCACGUGCAUUGCGGGAAGCGUCGUCGAAUUGCUCGACGCCGUUGGUUGCGUCGGCGUCGUCUCGACGCAUCUGCAUGGAAUCUUCGAUUUGCCGACGAAAUUGAAGAACACCGUCUUCAAAGCUAUGGGGACCGAGUGUAUUAACGGCCAAACAGUCCCGACGUGGAAACUGAUCGACGGGAUCUGCAAAGAGAGCCUCGCGUUCGAAACAGCUCGUCGAGAAGGCGUUCCUGAAGAGCUAAUUCGACGAGCGGCGGAAUUGUACGACGCCGUCUACGCAAAAGAUCGAACGUCAUCGUCGCCGGAGAAGUCGAAAUCGAAUGUUUCGACCAAACCCAAGCUGCGCGAUUCAGUCGAAAACUUGUGUAGGGAAGUGGAAAGCGCGGUCGUUAGCAUCUGCAGCCAGAAUAGUCGAGCCGGCGAUGUUAAAUGUGUUGUGAUCGGCGCAAAGGAGCAACCGCCGCCGUCGACCAUCGGUUGCUCGACUGUCUACGUAAUUCUCCGACCAGACGGGAAACUCUACGUCGGAGAGACGGACGAUCUUGAGGGGCGCGUGCGUGCCCAUCGGGGAGGCGAAGGAAUGGAAAGCGCGGUGUUUUUGUAUUUUUUGGUGAGCGGAAAGAGCGUGGCUUGCCGGAUUGAGACAUUGCUGAUCAACCAGCUGGCGAGCCGCGGCUUCCGGCUGGCUAACGUAGCUGAUGGGAAGCAUCGGAAUUUCGGUACUUUGGAGGAGGCACGAAUAUUGGUCCGAUGAGGUCCUUUCAUUGCCGAGACAGUGUUAUGUUUUGUGUAGAACCUUAGAUUGCAGCAAUUUUGUGUUGUGCUGGCUGCUCCUAGAUCUCUAGUUUUUCUAUGAUAAUUCGGGAUUAGUUCAAUUUUAAAAAACAAAAUUUCAUGUAAAAUAUUAUAUUCUGUUACGAAUAUGACCCAAACAAAUAUUUGCAGAACUUUAACAAUGACAAAAA